GUUGGCUGCGGGUGUUAAAAGCGGGCGAGAACGUAGCGUAGAGAACUGUAACAGCGUUCCAACGGACGAGGCCCUCGGAGUCUGCAAGAACUCCUACGAUCGCGUAUACUACAUACGUACUUCCAUCUCUACGAGACCAGAUAUGUCUAGUCUCUCGACGCGUUCGUAUCUCGUUACCGUCCCGAUGUUGUCGAGGGCACCCUCGACUCCGUUGACACCGUGAAUACGCCGAACGCCAGCAGAUUCCGCGACCGAUCUUCCUCCCUUUUAUCGCUAAAGGCGUACAUAUACCUAUAGACUUGUUGACAAAGUGCAACGCUAAAAAUACACCGAAACCGCCUCCCUUCCUCAUUUUAAAAUUUACCGUGCCCAUCGCCGUUCUGUCUCGAAAGUGUUGGAAAAAAAUGUGUUCAAACGCAAAGGUGUGAUCGCCCGCUGUACACUUCACCGUGCAACGCCCUUGUUGUUAACGUUAUCGUCGUUGUACUUUGACCGAGGAUAAGUGGCGAAGGAUACGGACUGAAAUGAAAAUGAUCCUUACCGCGAGACUUUCCUUGAUUACCGUCUUCGUGGCGUGUUUAUUAGGUAACUCAUCCGCACGUAAUAUUCGGGAUGUUAACGGGGUUGCCCUGGACUUCAAUGGGGCUCCGAGAUCCAAGUGCCCCGCUAGUGCUCAUGAGGGAAAUCAACCCGCGGAUAGGGUCGACACUUCAUUGAAACUAAGACAGUUGAGAUCAGAAAUGGUACGAGUCACCAGCGUCCAAGGACCACCCCUCGACGGCUAUAUCGUCACUUCCGACGAUGCUCAUCAGACCGUGGCGUCGGUUAAUCGAGGCCGAUUAGGCCCUUCGGAGAGCGAAACUGUGGCACCGCGAGAUGCGAGGAGAGAAUUCAUCACCGGAUUUUUUGGCAGUUUUGGGGAGGCCGUUAUCACUUUGGAUAAAGCCGUAUUCUGGACGGAUGGGAGAUACCACAUUCAAGCGGAUCAACAACUCAGCUGCGAUUGGACUUUGAUGAAACUUGGCAACGAAAACGUAGCAACUCUAUCGGAAUGGUUAGCACAUGAAUUCGGAUCUGAUUCGAAAGAAACCAGAAUCGGUGCAGAUCCCACUCUAAUUCCAGCAUUCGUUUGGGAAAAUUGGCAGUACGAUUUGCUAAACACUUCGGUAAAGCUGGUCGCAGUUCGGAACAAUCUGAUUGAUACAAUCUGGCAGGUAGGACGGCCUCCGUACAAUGCAAAUCCGGCAUUCGUCCUGGAGGAUGAGUACGCUGGUCGUCCUUGGCAAGAGAAAAUUCAAAGUGUCAGACGCGAAAUGGAAGUUGCAGGAGCGGAUGCUUUAGUCGUUACAGCACUCGACGAAAUCGCAUGGCUAUUCAACAUACGAGGAUACGACAUUCCCGAUACCCCUGUACUCAGAUCCUACGCCCUCGUUGCUCUCGGCUCCAUACAUUUAUACGUACCCGAAAGAAAACUGCGAAAAUCUUUCCACGUUCAUUUGAAAACGUACGAUUGUUUUCACGCUGAUUGCGUAAGGAUCCACAAUUAUACGAGCAUCUGGCACGAUCUAAGGACAAUGGCACAAGUUUGGGACACCGUUUGGUUGCCCGCCCCAUGUGGUUACUCUAGGGGUGCGUCUCGGGAAAUUUACGCAUCUAUUCCAGCAAUGCGACGAUUGGUGAGACCGUCGCCAAUAAUUGAUAUGCGUGCCGUUAAAAAUCCGAUAGAAAUUCAUGGGAUGGAACAAGCCCAUAUAAGAGAUGCGGUGGCAAUGUGCGAUUUCCUCGCCUAUACGGAAGAUCAAAUAAUGCUGGGUACCCAGGGAUGGGAUGAGCUUCAGAUUGCUCGAUUCGCCAACGAAGUUCGUUACGAGCAAAAUAAUACCAUGGGAAUAUCAUUUCCAACAAUUGUGGGAUACGGACCACACGCAGCACUCCCACAUUAUGAACCGGCCAACACUACGAGCAUAAUCGUCGGCACGGAAUCUACGCUAGUGAUAGAUUCUGGAGGACAAUACAAGGACGGUACGACCGACGUUACGCGUACCCUCCACUACGGAGAACCUACGAUGGAACAGAAAACUGCGUACACCCGAGUCCUUAUCGGCUCAAUACAAUUAGCGUCAUUAAUUUUUCCCGCUAAUCUAAGAACUGAUCAACUAGAUGCAUUCGCAAGACAACCCUUGUGGGCGGCUGGUCUCGACUAUCAACAUGGAACUGGACAUGGUGUUGGUCAUUUUUUAUCCGUACACGAAUCUCCAAUUAGCGUUUCAUACGAUACUUCGGGUACAUCGGAUAUGGAAUGCAGUGCGGUGCGUUUGCAGCCUGGUUUUUUUCUUUCCAACGAACCGGGGUACUACAAAGAGGGUGAAUUUGGUGUGCGGCUGGAGAAUGUCUUGAAAGUCGUCGAAUUUAAUAACACGGGUAGCUCUGGUGAGCGAAAGUUUCUCAAAUUUGAAGACGUCACGCUUGUUCCCUACGAGCCGAAAUUGAUCGACUUAGAAUUGUUGGUUCCGUCUCAUCGACGUUGGUUGAACGCGUAUAACGAACGAAUCAGGAAAGUAAUCGGUGCAGAAUUGAAAACACAGAGGCGAAUUAAAGGCUACAAUUGGAUGAUGAGUAAAACUCGACGCAUUCCCGAGGGUAGAUCCGGAUCGAGUUCGUCCGCUCUUCCUCACUACUCGUUCCUCAUUACCCUGACAGUUUAUUACGUAUUUCUAGAUAGAACAGAUCCAUGGAAAUUAUGCAGCUAAUUUACGGUUGCAUUGUAGCGACAAAUUAUGAAGCUUGAUUAAGCUUUCAAAAAGCUUCCAUACAACAUUUCCUUUUCAAUUAGAUGUUAAGACUUUAUCGGCUCCACGCUGCCCGUUAUUCUAUUGUAUUUUAACUAUUUCGUCAACUAUAAUCUAUAGAUUUUGCGUUACUACAAAAUCGAUAUAGUCGUAUUACUGAAAUUUUAUGCAACUAUUUUUUCACAGCUAUGUAUUUUCCCCGGUAUUUUCGUAGUAUUUCACGACUCUCAUAUGCGACCAGUCAGGGAGAUUUUCAAGAACAAAAACGGUCGGAGGAUCCAUAUUAUCCGGCAUAGAUGGUAAGAGUUCGCUAUUGCGUGAGUAAUAGCUGUUGAUUGGAAGUAGAUAUUUUCGAAGAAAAAUGUCGCUGAAGAAGUGAAAAAAUGAUUUCGUCGUCAUUGCCUAAAGUCAGCAAAUCUUUGGAAGAAAAUAAAAAGCGUUGCAGACUUUCGUAUAUUA